CGCCUACCCUCCAGACAUCUUCGUAAUAUCAUAUAUACUUAAAAACAAGGCGGAAAUCAGUUUUUAAACGAGUGCCUCGAGAGUUGACAAUCUUCAUUCCAUUUGUUCGUUGACAGCGAUGCUUAGACCGAGGUGACUGUAAGGAAAUCUGAGCGAAAAUCGUUACGUUCUGGAGUUUAGAGAAGUUCAUAACUCAGUGAGGUGGAAACAUGUAAAUGAAGUGAUUAUAAGAGAAGGAUGUGUGUGUUGGUGACUAGGCUGGACCUUUUAUGUAACCUUGCUGAGGAAGUGACUGUAUUGUAUGUCACAGAUAUACUGCAGUAUAUACACUCCACCAGUGUGUAAGAUAUCUAAUUGUGUGCAGAAAAAUAUGAUCUUUAAUCAUUGGAUCACUUAUAAGAGCUUUAUCUAUUAAAGAAUUUUAUUAACUGGUAACUGGUAAAAGUCAGCUUAACUCUUGUUUAAAAUAAAUUUGCCAAGGUUUAUCCUCGUUACCUUAAUGUUGUCUUUGGAUAAAAUGGCACAUUUUGUCUUUUGAUACCCUUAGAACCUUUCCUUUUUUAAAUGUGGUCCGUCAAACUCCAGCGGAGAGUUAGACAGAACAUUGACUUAGAAUGAAUAGCUCUGGUAGUGUAGCUAUUUCUAUCAUGUCCAGAAAAUGACGUUUGACUAUGAAUGACCAAAUAUAAACAGCGUAUGAGCUAAGCUACGCAUGGUUAUGUAAUAAAUAAGAGCGAGGAGUGAGGCAGCCGUGUGUGAGUGAGGUGUGGGGGGUUCAAAAAACCCUGCACACUGAGAGGGGUUUCCAAAACCCUCGUGUACUGAAGGAGGGUUCCCUCGGGUGCUUGCCGAGGGAGCUCCAAGCCUUCCUCGUGGACCGAAGGAAACUCAAAGACUAGCGCCCUGGCCAAGUGGGUUCCAACACUCCAAUGGUGAUGAAACAGCUGACGGUGGCAAUGAAGGAUCCCAUCUACAUCAACCCUCCUUCAAGGUCCAGCCCGCUGCCCGACACUGCCAAAGGGGAUUGGAACCCUCGUAGUCUCUCCACCUUCUCAACGUUCCGGGGGAGCCAGGACUCCCCUCCACCCAUGGGCCUCAACGGCCACCUCAACGGCACUCUCCACGUCAACGGCACCAAUGGCGUGGGUGGCGGCGUGUCCGUGGUGGCCAAGACCAAUGGCACAGUAAGGGUGGGCGGCAUCACCCCGCCCACCACCCCGCCCCACCUGGACGCCCCGGACGUCAUUCCUCACUUCCACAAGCUCACCCCGGAGGUGGUAAACCACAUGCCCAAGCCGUUACUGGGCAUGCCUGUAGUGCCCCCUAGCGUGGAGGGUAUGACCCGCCCACGGCACGCACAUAGCAAGUCCCUAGUGGAUUAUGAGCUCCAGCAGCCGCCCACGCCGCCCAAACACGCCCACUCUCGCUCACUCCUAGACAACAUGGACCUCCUGCCGCCCAAGUCUCCUGAUGGGGCAGGCGUCACAGAGAUCAAUCUGUUCCUCGGUCCCGCCGACCGCCGCUUCGGCUUCUCUGUUGUGGGAGGUGUUGACGAAGGCUUCCCACCCAGGAUAGAUGAGAUGGCCAAGGCUGUGGACUUAGCGGCGAGUUCGAACGUACAAGAUGCGUUCGUUAUUGCCGUGGAGCAGCAGGCCAGGGAGCGCCUCGAGCGCCUCUCCGCUCUCAAGAAGAUCAAGCCGGUGGACAUGACCAAACUCUCCUCCCAGGAGGCAAGUAUGAAUCAAGAGUUGGAGCCUCACAAGAGUGUGGUGAAUGUGGGCAGCAGCGGCGGGGGACAGCCCAGCCCUGGCGGCCGCUCUCCCAGUCACUCCGCCACCAAGGAACAGCAGCAACAGCAGCAGCGAGACGACGUCAACGGUGUACUGGAGAACUCUCCCAUCUACGUCACCAGCGUCCCCAACCUCACCUCCGACCUCCCGAGGGCCAGGUCACGCUCCAGGUCUUCUACUCCCAACCGAACCUCGCCUAGUCCGCGGCGGCAGCGUUCUGCCCGCAGCUCUAGGGACACCCCGCCCUCGCCCCUCACGCCCAGCCCCCGGCGGGAGGCGCCCACGCUCACCCGCAGCGUCGACAGCCCUAGCGUCGACCGCAGCUCCCGACGAUCCAGUAAGAGGCGCAGCUCCGCCAAGCUGACCAACGGCCACGGCGUCGAGGCCGAGGUCGAGGCUAACAAGAGCGGCGACGAACUCGAACUGACCCACGACCUGAACGACACACUCGACGACACCGAGGAGUUAGAUCAGGACGACAAGGCGGACGCUCAGUGUGACCGUACAGACAGUGAAGAUAAGCUCGACUUGGAGGGCACGUGUCUGAGUGAGAGCGGAGACUCCCUGCCAGGCACGCCUGAGAAGGCCUACGGCAUCACACGCUCAGAGUCCAAACGCUCGUCCCGCGGGAGCCGGCGAGAUCGAGGGUCCCCGAGGGAGGUGCUGCUGGACCACGAGCCGCAGGAGGUUCGGGCCAAGACGCCACUCCACGCCGUCAGCAGCGUUGAGAGCCGCGACAGUACAAGGUGCGUGUUGGGAGGGAGUCUGUCCUCAGGUUCUCGCAAGUCGGGAGGGAGCAGUGGUAGUGGGGAGGUGGGUCGGGGCACCCCUCACCACAAGAGCACCGGGGGCAGCACCCCCCGUCACUCUCGCAAGGGCAGGGACCCCAGCACCGUCAUCUCAGCCCCAGAGAUAGGCCUUGACAACAUGAUCAGCAUGGUAGAGUUCGACCCCGGCCACCGUGAGAUGGCAGUCGACGUUCCUGAUUCCUUCGUUGCCCGCACCAAGACUCCCCCAAGAUACCCACCACCUAAGCCACAGGGUCAACCCCUGACACCAAUCCACAACAACAAUAACAACAGCAGUAAGAGUAGCAAGAAGGGUGGCUCAUCUGGUAGUGCCACACCACAGAAUGGUACACUUCCUAAGUCUACACCUCAGCGCAUCCCAGACCAGCCACAGAGAUCCCCUCAGCUCCCUCCCUCACAGCAAGAAGGACUUAUACAGCAGCCAUCCACACAGGAGGAGAUGAAUAGGAUAAAGAAAUACGAGGAGGAGCUAAAGGUUCGGAGGGAACGUGAAGAACAUGAAGCCAUGUUAAGAUCAUCUCUUCGAUCCUCCCAGAAACUACAACAGCUUGCUAACAAGCCGGUAGCAACUGGGGUUGUAAAUGAGGCAUUUACAGUUGAAGAGUUGCAAGCUGGAGUGGAAGCUCAAGCGGGGGUGGAAGCUCAAGCUGGGGUGGAAGCUCAGGCUGGUGCAGACACACCAAGCAAAGUCAUAGGUAUAAAUGAACUCAUUCAGUCAUUACAAAGGAUCCAGACAGUGCUCAAAUCAAAUGGCCACCGAAUAAGUGAAGAUAUGACCCUAGUGGCCCAACUGUUAACCAAUCCAGAGUUCCAGAAGGUGCUGGCAGUUCACAAUAAGGUGCAGGAAACCUGGUGUCUAAACAGACCUCCCACACCUGUUACCGACAAUGCUCAGGAACUUUUAGCCGAGUCUCUUCAGGAACUUCAAGAAUACACAGUACCUGAGGCAGCAGAACUCAUUGACAUACUUAACAAAUACUCCGUAGAAGGUCUCUUGUAUGCUCAUGACCGCAUUGCUGAGCGUGAGCCUCUGUCUGUGGGGAACCUGCCUGAGGAGGAGGUGCUGGAUAGAGUCACAAAUUAUCCUGAAGAAAGUGUCAAAAUUGUCCGUAUAGACAAGACAAACGAGCCUUUGGGUGCUACAAUUCGAAACGAAGGUGAUUCAGUGAUCAUUGGCCGCAUCGUGAAAGGUGGUGCUGCUGAGAAGUCUGGUCUCCUCCAUGAGGGUGAUGAAAUUUUAGAAGUUAAUGGUGUGGAAGUGAGAGGAAAGUCAGUCAAUGACAUUUGUGAUAUGCUGGCUGGCAUGACUGGAACUUUAACCUUCAUCAUCAUCCCAAGUGGACAUCCUCCUCCAACUUCUCGACCACCAAUUGCUCAGACAAUACAAGUCAAAGCCCACUUUGACUAUGAUCCUGAAGAGGAUUUGUAUAUACCAUGCAGAGAAUUAGGUAUGAGCUUCCAAAAAGGCGACAUUCUUCAUGUUAUCUCCCAGUCCGACCCUAACUGGUGGCAGGCCUACCGGGAUGGGGAGGAAGACCAAACACUUGCAGGCCUUAUUCCUUCAAAAACCUUUCAGCAGCACCGGGAGGCAAUGAGACAAACUGUAGUAGGUGACAGCAACAAUAAGGAGAAGACCAAGAAGGGCAAGUUGUUAUGUGCCAAAAAACACCAGAAGAAGAAGAAGAAGAAAACUUAUCCAAAUUAUAAUGAAGCACGGAGCAACUCUCCACUUCCUAUGCCAGGAAGAGGUGGUCCAGGUGCUGACAUCAUAAGUGAAACUGAGAACACAGCAACUCAAGCAAGAAGUAGAGUAUUGACAGUGAGAUUUGCCCUCCCAUCUUGUGGUUGUGUUAAAGGCAGCUCACGGAGGAGGCGGUGCAGCUCAUUGUCUGACCUCGAUGUUGACUUUGACUCUGAAGAGAUUCUCACAUAUGAAGACGUGGCGCUCUAUUACCCAAGAGCAAACAGAAAACGACCCAUUGUCCUCAUUGGUCCCCCCAACAUUGGGCGACAUGAACUAAGACAAAAGCUCAUGGAAGACAGGGAUAGAUUUGCUGCCGCCAUUCCACAUACAUCUCGCACACGAAGAGAAACAGAGUUGGAUGGUCAGGAUUAUCAUUUUAUAUCGCGGACACAGUUCGAGUCUGAUAUUCUUGCACGCAAGUUUGUUGAACACGGGGAGUAUGAGAAAGCCUACUAUGGGACCAGCCUAAUGGCCAUCAGAGCCGUUGUGAAUUCUGGCAAAAUUUGUGUCCUCAACCUUCACCCAUUAUCCCUCAAGAUUCUCAAAAGUUCUGACCUCAAACCAUUUGUGGUAUUUGUUGCUCCUCCCUCCCUUGAGAAGCUCAGACAGAAGAAGCAGAGAUUAGGAGAACCAGUCAAGGAUGAGGAGCUGAAGGAGACCAUAGAGAAGGCUCGGGAGAUGGAAGAACAGUAUGGUCAUUAUUUUGACCUGAUCAUCAUCAAUCAGGAUGUAGAUCGUGCCUAUCACCAGUUGCUACACGAGAUCAACAUGUUGGAGAGAGAGCCUCAGUGGGUCCCUGCAACCUGGCUAGCACACGAUCAGUGAUGGGUGCUGUAGCAUUCCUAUGGUGCCAAAAUGAUGCCCCUGCGCUUCCCUCAAGCCAGAAGUGGACUCCUCCAUGCUGCUUCCCUAAUGGCAAUAUCUACAGUGGAUGCCUCAAGAGAAACCAGAUCCAUGUAGUGACGAACAUGGCAGUGUUAGUGUGAUCAAGUUGACUGUGGCUUAUGAAAGUGCAUGGGUGUUUGUAACCUAAAGGUUGUGUUAAGAAAUUACUUUUUUUGUGUUCACUCAUCACAGUUGAAAAUUCAGUUUUGUAAAGACUGAUCAAGACUAUUAAAACAAUUGGAAAAAACUGUCAUUGACAAAAAUGAGCAGAUUUGUGCUAUAAACUUUCCCCAAUCUGUGUGGACCUGCAAAUUUAAGUAAUGACAUCUAGACCAAAGCUUCAUUUACAAAAGGUGGGAAGUUUAAGCCCAUUACAGCCAGAACAAGCAGUCUAUGGAAUAUUUAAUGUUUGCAAGAUGGAGCUCUUGAACUAAAGUAUUAAGCAGUCCACCUUUUGUCGAGGUGGCUCAAGUGUGUGUGAUACUAGAAUGAGUCUAGAAACACGUUAUUUACCCUUGUAAAGAAGACUCCCUCAUCCCUGCCUAAUUUUCAGUGUCUUUUGUUAUCUACAUUUUCUAUUACCUUUAAUUUAUGUACAUAAAAUUCUCUAAAUUUUUUGAACAUUUAUAUAUCCAUUAUAUCUAUAUCAAGAUUUCAAAACAUUUUUAAUAAAUGUCCCCUCAACAGUUUACAAUAUAGAAUACCCAUAUAUAAAUGCAUUUCAGUAAAUUAACAAUGUGUUAAUGUCAUACAUAUUAAUAAGAAUCAUCAUAAAUGUAUUUUAUUAUUACAUUGCUGAAGUUAUAUACCACUCCCGUGAUAAAAAAAAAAAAUUGUUGCUCAUAUAUUUUUUUUAUGGUGUGCAAUAUGCAAACAUUGAUGUAAUGAAAUCUAAAAUUAAUAUUCAAUAUUAAACAUCUCUCCAGUCCCCUCCCAUCCCCAUCCUCCUUCCUGUAAGUGUGUGUAAUGUACAUAGAGGUGCCAUAUUAUUACAUCAAAGCUCUGAUUCUGUUAUUGACAGUGUUAAGCAGCAAUAAUACCUAAAUACAUCAACAUUCUUAUGGCUUUAGGAAUUAGCUCUGCAAAUUUAUAACGUGAUAAUUUUUUUUUCAUUCAGAGUAUUGUUCAUCAUUUUUUCAUUGUUUGGAAAGCAUAUAAAGUCUAACAAUGACAACAAAAGCACAAGUUCCUGAAAAGUCAGGUUUGCAAUAUUUCCACAUUACUUUAACAUUCUGGAAAGCAUACACUUAAACUUGUUUAACCAGUAUUUCAGUGGUGUUUUUUCCUUGAAUUUGUGUAAUUCCUGUACAUACUGUUAAAAUCUUCCUAUGUUUAAUAUGUUGUAAGUAGAAACGUAUAUGCCUCAUUAUAAUACACCAUUAAAUAAUUAUGAUUCCUAAAAUAAAUGUGUAUACUAGUAAUUUCAAAAUAUAUAUAUUAUUUAAC